UUGUUAUGCCUCAUUACGCAUAACAAAAACAGGAAAAAUUUGCAUGUGUGGCGGACCGACAAAAAUGGCAGGCGAUACACGACUUGGUUCUUUCUUCAAAAUCCAGCUGAUUUACUCUUGUUGGAUGUUCAUAAAGAACGUGGAUGGAUAUCAUUGUCAUCCCGAUUGGUGUAACUACAAUGAAUACUGUUGUGGAGAUGAUAUGUGUUGUGAUUAUUUGACAGGAUACUGGUAUAUAUGGUUGAUUGGAGGUGUCAUGAUCUUUUCAUUUACUAUGGUCUGUUGCUGGAUGAGAUGUUUCAGACUACGUUCUCAAGAAUCACAUGACCACCCCAAAGGAUAUGUCUCAUAUGGCUUGACAUCAAACUAUGGAGAACCUCUAUAUGUACACCAGCAACCACACGGCCAUUACUAUGGAGCAGCACCUACAGAAAUGCAGUACAUUGCUACAAGCAGGAAGGGAGAUAUCCCACAAACAGAAGAGGAAGCAAGGCUGCGAUCAGCUGCAUACUAUCCUCCACCAUAUACUUAUGUCGAGAGAAAGCCUCCUACUGCACCUCCAUAUGAGCCUUAGAAGUUUGCAUUAAAAAUUGUAUCUGAUAUCCUGUUGAAUUUUGGGUUGGCUAUCACUAAAGUCCUACAUAAAGGUUGGGGUAAUGUAAUGUAACCCAUGAAGUGUAGCAUUAUCAACUAGUGUUUUUCCUGCUUGAUGGAAUCGGGGUAAGAAAUGUUAAAUGAGAAUUAAGCCUGCAUAAUAUUAUAUUGUCACCACCUGUCUAGCAGAAAAAGAAAAUAGGGAAAACAAAGCAUAAAAUGAAGGGGUUUAACACAGUCAAGUAUUUUCGAAACAUAAUGAACUAUUUUCAUUGGUGUAAUAAAUUAUGAAUUAUAGACAGAAAAAUAAACAAAUUUUUGAACAA